UUGGCGACAUGGCAAACAUCUUGGCUCUCCUUGCUGCUUCCAGUGCCUUUCUGGCACUAGCCUCGGCUGGAAACGUGGUCUGUUAUUUUACCAGCUGGACCAUCUACAGGCCCGACAACGGCAAGUUUACCGCCCUUGACGUGGACCCCACGCUUUGCACCCACCUUUUGUACGCGUUUGUCGGUCUUCGAGAUGAUGGAGUCGUAUCAGUUCUCGAUGACUGGGAAAUCACCGGAUUAGAUGAAAUGAACCAUUUGAUGAGUCUGAGGGAGAAAAACCCCGACUUGAAGAUUAUCCUAAGUAUGGGAGGGUGGAACGAAGGCUCUUAUAAAUACUCAACUGUUGCCAAAAGUGCGGCUUUGAGGGCGACCAUGGUACAGUCAGUCCUCAAUUUUACCGAUGUUUGGGGUUUCGAUGGGUUUGACCUUGACUGGGAAUACCCAUGUCAAAGGGGAGGUGCUGAUGAGGACAAAGUCAAUUUUGUCACUCUUUUGGGCGAAUUGAAAUCGGCUUUGAACGCUAAAGGAAAGACGCUUUCAGCGGCUGUGUCCGGAGGAAUCGCUUCCUGCAAGCUUUCGUACGACAUUGCCAAAGUUGCAGAGAACUUGGACAUGAUCAACGUCAUGGCCUACGACUUCCAUGGCGCUUUUGAGCCUUUUGUGGGCCAUUACGCCCCACUUUACGCCUCCCAUUUGGACCAAACCGACGAGCAAAAAACCCUCAAUGUCGCCGCUGGUAUCCAGUACUGGCUCGAUGAAGGAGCACCUCCCAGUAAAAUCAACCUGGGUUUGGGGACUUACGGACGUGGGUUCGCUUUGGCUGACCCCACCAACACCUCUCUGUACGCUGGUACUUACGGUGGUAGCGACGCUGGGCCUUACACCCGUGAGAUGGGAGUGAUUGGGUACAACGAAGUGUGCGAGCUUUACAGCGAUUGGGAUUAUUUCUGGGAUGACGAACAACAAGUGCCACAUAUUGUGAAAGGGAACCAGUGGCUGGGUUUCGAUGAUCCCAAGUCGAUUCAAGUCAAGGUUGAGUUUGCUAAUGAGAAAAAUCUGGGUGGGGUUAUGGUAUGGUCGUUGGACACCGAUGACUUCAGGGGGAUUUGCGGCAAAGGGCCGUAUCCCAUUAUGAAUGCGAUUAAGCAGACCAUUAAAUAAAACAAUGAGAAUAAAUUUUUUAAGUAUU